AUGCCGUACACUGUCACUAUAGCCGUAAGAAUCAGCACGCGGGCCACUAUCGGGCCACUAUCGUGUCCAUCUAUCGGGCCACUAUCGGGCCACUAUCGGGCUUCUAUCGGGCAACUAUCGGGCCACUAUCGGGCCACUAUCGGGCCACUAUCGGGCCACUAUCGGGCCACUAUCGGGCUAUUAUCGGGCCAUCUAUCGGGCCAUUAUCGAGCCACCUAUCGGGGCCACCUAUCUGGCCACUAUCGGGCCACUAUCGGGCCACUAUCGGGCCACUAUCGGGCCACUAUCGGGCCACUAUCGGGCCACUAUCGGGCCACCUAUCGGGCCACUAUCGGGCCACUAUCGGGCCAUCUAUCGGGCCACUAUCGAGCCACUAUCGAGCUACCUAUCGAGCCACUAUCGAGCCACCUAACGGGGCCAUCUAUCGGGCCACUAUCGAGCCACCUAUCGAGCCACUAUCGGGCCACUAUCGGGCCACUAUCGUGUCCAUCUAUCGGGCCACUAUCGGGCCACUAUCGAGCCACUAUUGAGCCACCUAUCGAGCCACUAUCGGGCCACUAUCGAGCCACUAUUGAGCCACUAUCGGGCCACUAUCGUGUCCAUCUAUCGGGCCACUAUCGGGCCACUAUCGGGCUUCUAUCGGGCAACUAUCGGGCCACUAUCGGGCCACUAUCGGGCCACUAUCGGGCCACUAUCGGGCCACUAUCGGGCCACUAUCGGGCCACUAUCGGGCUAUUAUCGGGCCAUCUAUCGGGCCAUUAUCGAGCCACCUAUCGGGGCCACCUAUCUGGCCACUAUCGGGCCACUAUCGGGCCACUAUCGGGCCACUAUCGGGCCACUAUCGGGCCACUAUCGGGCCACCUAUCGGGCCACUAUCGGGCCACUAUCGGGCCAUCUAUCGGGCCACUAUCGAGCCACUAUCGAGCUACCUAUCGAGCCACUAUCGAGCCACCUAACGGGGCCAUCUAUCGGGCCACUAUCGAGCCACCUAUCGAGCCACUAUCGGGCCACUAUCGUGUCCAUCUAUCGGGCCACUAUCGGGCCACUAUCGAGCCACUAUUGAGCCACCUAUCGAGCCACUAUCGGGCCACUAUCGAGCCACUAUUGAGCCACUAUCGGGCCACUAUCGUGUCCAUCUAUCGGGCCACUAUCGGGCCACUAUCGGGCUUCUAUCGGGCAACUAUCGGGCCACUAUCGGGCCACUAUCGGGCCACUAUCGGGCCACUAUCGGGCCACUAUCGGGCUAUUAUCGGGCCAUCUAUCGGGCCAUUAUCGAGCCACCUAUCGGGGCCACCUAUCUGGCCACUAUCGGGCCACUAUCGGGCCACUAUCGGGCCACUAUCGGGCCACUAUCGGGCCACCUAUCGGGCCACUAUCGGGCCACUAUCGGGCCAUCUAUCGGGCCACUAUCGAGCCACUAUCGAGCUACCUAUCGAGCCACUAUCGAGCCACCUAACGGGGCCAUCUAUCGGGCCACUAUCGGGCCACUAUCGUGUCCAUCUAUCGGGCCACUAUCGGGCCACUAUCGAGCCACUAUUGAGCCACCUAUCGAGCCACUAUCGGGCCACUAUCGAGCCACUAUUGAGCCACUAUCGGGCCACUAUCGUGUCCAUCUAUCGGGCCACUAUCGGGCCACUAUCGGGCCACUAUCGGGCUAUUAUCGGGCCAUCUAUCGGGCCAUUAUCGAGCCACCUAUCGGGGCCACCUAUCUGGCCACUAUCGGGCCACUAUCGGGCCACUAUCGGGCCACUAUCGGGCCACUAUCGGGCCACUAUCGGGCCACUAUCGGGCCACUAUCGGGCCACUAUCGAGCCACUAUUGAGCCACCUAUCGAGCCACUAUCGGGCCACUAUCGAGCCACUAUUGAGCCACUAUCGGGCCACUAUCGUGUCCAUCUAUCGGGCCACUAUCGGGCCACUAUCGGGCCACUAUCGGGCCACUAUCGGGCUAUUAUCGGGCCAUCUAUCGGGCCAUUAUCGAGCCACCUAUCGGGGCCACCUAUCUGGCCACUAUCGGGCCACUAUCGGGCCACUAUCGGGCCACUAUCGGGCCACUAUCGGGCCACUAUCGGGCCACUAUCGGGCCACCUAUCGGGCCACUAUCGGGCCACUAUCGGGCCAUCUAUCGGGCCACUAUCGAGCCACUAUCGAGCUACCUAUCGAGCCACUAUCGAGCCACCUAACGGGGCCAUCUAUCGGGCCACUAUCAAGCCACUAUCGGGCCACUAUUGAGCCACUAUCGGGCCACUAUCGAGCCACCUAUCGGGGCCAUCUAUCGGGCCACUAUCGAGCCACUAUCGGGCCACUAUUGAGCCACUAUCGGGCCACUAUCGAGCCACCUAUCGGAGCCAUCUAUUGGGCCACUAUCAAGCCACUAUCGGGCCACUAUUGA